AUGGUCAACAAAGUGAUGGCGGCCUUUGUGGCCGUUGACGGAUUGUUUGCGCUCAUGGGGGCUAUCAUGAUGGGCUUCUCCGUUGUCGUUCUUAAUACCUGUUUCAACCCACCGACGGAAGGCAACGAGGCAGCCCGAGAUCUCUUAUACCGGAGAUUUCCGCUCACAGCUGGUAUCGCCAAUGCUGCUUUCACGUUACUCAUCUUUCUGGUGACCGUUCCAGCGCUAGCAAAUAACGCUCGAGGACUGCUCAAGUUUGCGGGCUAUUUGGUGGCCGCCGAUGCGCUCUUUACUAUGAUCAUUGGUCUGGACCUUUGGAUCAUCACGCUCAAGACGCGGCAAGAGCUUUUUGAGAUAUGGGUUACUCAGGAUGCGAAUGUGCAGUCGCUCCUCCAAGGAACCUUUCAAUGCUGCGGUUACAACAACAGCACAUCACCAGCAUUCGUUACCGAUGUAACAUGUCCAAGUCCCGCCGCCGCCGCUCUUAUCAAGGGAUGCGCAGCGCCAUUGGGCUCAUUUUCUAACGUAUUCGUCGACAACAUCUUUACAGCUGUAUUCGGUAUGGUUGGUAUCGAUGUCGCCAUGGUCCUAGCCAUCGCUUGCCUUGUCAAGGAACGUAAGGAGAUGGAAAGAUUCCGAUACAUCGACGAGAAGAACGGUGUCAAAGGUGGCUUUUAA